CGCCACCGCACGACAGGAACGCGUCCCUGCAGCCUGGGCGAAUGUUGCACGAUCAGGGCUAAGGUGUACGGGGCUAGCGGACAUGGAAUGGCAGGGGCACCCGACAACAGUCCAGCCCUCCGCCGGGCAACAUGGCGGCCUCCGCGGGCUGCACACCCCUACGGAACAAAACGGCGGUCGGGAGGGAGAUUUUCCCUCAGAGUUGACUCAGAAAAGGACGACAGCUUCACUGGAAGUUGCCGCCGGCUCGAGUCAAGAUGGCGGGGCUACGCAAUACGUUUAUGUGGCGGCCGAGGCCUCCGAGACAGACCCCCAAGGAUCGUCCCAAACGCUGACCUACACCCAAGCAGGGAUCGUCUCCGAGAUUUCGGCGACUGAAGGGAAUAAUUCCGUCAUCCUGCACGUAGCGGAAGGAAAGGGAACUCAGGAGGAGCAGGUUAUAGUGGCGGGACGACAAGAUGGCGGCCGUGGGAGCGGAAAUGGCGGGGAGGACUCCACAGGACAGGUUUUUGUCAUCAUUCCCCUCGGUAUGCUCCACGAAGUCGACGGGAAAGGGGAGGGGGGCGGGGGAAACUGGGAGGGGGCGCGGCAGCAGGUCGCUACAGGGUACGAGGUAGAUGGCGGACAAACCGUGGCUCUAGCCCUACCUAACACUAACCCGCCCCCCUCCCACCCUGCCAGGACAGAAGUAGGUCAAGGUUCACGGGAAGAGGGAGGCCAAGUUCCUGAACAAAACGCCUCAACACAAGAAGGCGGUGCCAGCCAACUCAGCUCCCAGGACAGAGCGUGUCUUGAGGAACUGGAGAGAGGUUCGCAGCUCAGUGCCGAGGAGAAAGAGCUCCUCGAAGAAAGCACGCAGCAAGCCGGCAUCCAGAUACACGAACUUGACUUCCAAGCGAGCAGCAAUGUCAACAGCACGACCCUCAUGACUCCGCAAGAGCUCGAGCGUAUGCCCGAACACGGCCUCGAGUUUGAGGAGUCUGUCGGCCCCAAGGAGUCGGAAGAAAGAGGUAGAGCGGAUGCCAUCCAAAAUGAGGGCAUCAUAAACUUUAAUCCAACAGACAAUAGAUUACUGGUGACUGCACGACCAGAUGGCAGCAUGCUGCAAGGCGUGCGAAAUGUUGCGGCGACUUCUGGCACGCCCGGCUCUGACGUUGUUUUUACCAGUGUCGUGUCAUCAAACCAGGUGAACCACAUCCUAAAAGUCGACAGCGAAGGAAACCUCAUUCUUCCAACCACGGACGUGAGCGGGGCUCUUCUCACUGGGUCGUCCAACUCAGGGAUCUCUCUCGGGGAUGUUAACGUCUCGGUGCAGCCGACGUCGAUAAUCCUCCAAAACAGCGGGACGUCCUCGAUCAUACUGAACGCUGGUCCGUCCGGGUUGUCUGUGACUUCGGGAAACAGUUCCACACCACUAGAUUUAUCGAACACUACCGAAACUGACGACAAUUCUACUAAUAAUGGUAAAAACAAAAGCACAAAAGACAUGUACACAAUCGACAACUCGUACGCAGGUGGCACGACUUUAGAUGCGAGCAAAGAAGAGUCACCGACGCAAGUUUACAUCUGCCCUGAACAGGGGUGUGGAAAAAUCUGCAGUAAAAAGGCCAAGUUCAGACUGCACAUGCUCUCGCACACGGGCGAACGUCCGUACAAGUGUUCGUAUGAAGGCUGCCUCUGGGCCUUUACAACGGCGUACAAGCUAAAACGGCACGAACAGUCCCACGACGGGAGCAAACUAUAUAAGUGUGAGCUGGCGGAUUGCGGGAAGCGCUUUACGACCAUAUACAACCUGAACCAUCACAUGAAAGGACAUUACAACCAGAACGUGGAAGUUUGUACGUACGAGAACUGUGGGCAGACUUUCAAGUCCAAGUACAAGUUGCAGAUGCACAUGAGGAAACAUAUCCCGCCUGAUCGACCCUUCAGGUGUGACUUCCCGGGUUGCGGUAAGACGUUUGUGACAGCGAGUUCCUUCGGAUCACACCACCGGAUCCAUGAGAAGGAGGAGACAGAAUUCACGUGCUCGUUCGAGGGCUGCAACAAGAAGUUUGACAAGGCCUGUCGUCUGAAACUGCACAUGAGGAGCCACACAGGCGAGAGACCGUUUGUGUGUAGUGUAGAGGGCUGUGGCUGGUCGUUCGUCUGUGUAUCCAAACUGAAGAGACACAUGAGUAAACACACGGGCGACCGUAAGUUCAUGUGUCCCGAGGAAGGGUGUGGCAAGUGUUUCACCCGUUCCGAGCAUCUCAAAGGUCACAUGAUCACGCACAGCGGCGACAGGCCCUACAAGUGCAGCUUCCCAGAUUGUGAUGCAAGUUUCUCGGCGCGAAGCAGUCUCUACGUCCACACGAAAAAGCACAACGAGGGCCUGGAGCCGAAACCUCCCACAGUGUACAACUGUCCUGUUGAUGGCUGCGACAAGACGUAUCGCAACAAGAGCAGCCUCAACUCACACAUCCUCAAGAUUCAUCUUCCAGGUUUUACCCAGGAGGAUCUGCAGGGGGUUGACCUGAUGGCAGCAGCAGCCUCCCUGAACACCCUGGGUCUGGAAACCCCCGUCACAGCCUCUGCCUCUGUGUCCAGCCUCCCCCUGGCCUCGGCGGUGGACACGUUCCCAGUCACGGCAGCUGACUCCUUCUCAUCUGUCACUCAGCCUGGAGUGGCUAAAGCCUCGGACAUGAGUUUUGAGGGUCAGGAGCAGCGUGUCUCUGACCUGAUGGUGACCAGUACGGUGGAUGACCACAUCACCACCAGCUUCCCUACAGAGAUCAUGUCCCAGCACAUGGGCAGUAACGUCGUCACACAGUUUGUCGUCAACAGCAGUCUUAGCAGCCCGCCACACACGUUUACUGGCGUAGCAACUACACAGGAGCAGGAUCCUAUCCCCAUCACGCCCACCAGCGAUUUGGACGCAGCGUCCAUCUUCCAGGAGAACCGCUCGGGUUCGGCCAGGACUGACUUCCGCUUCCGGUCCAAGAGAAACCGCCAGGCGGCUAUCACGCUGAACCGGUCACUCAGCAUGGACAGUUUCACAGACAUAGAUAAGGAUGGGGAUGGCAGAGAUCACAGCCUGUCGCCGUCAAAUUCUGACAUCGCGCCGUUCAGCCCCGGAGACGUGGUCAUCACGUCCUCGCGGUCGUUCAGCGCCGGUGACCUCAUCAUGACCUCCAGCGCCAUCACGCUGAGGGACCCCAACACCGGCUCCCACUAUGUGCAGACUCAGCUCCUACAGGAUGACCCCCCAGGAGAUGCUGACAUGACCUUCAACCCUGACAACCUCCAGCUGCCGCCCCACAACUCACAGACCCCCAUCCCCCCUGACCUCCCCGUCAACAUCCUCCAAGAACCCCCCUCCCACCCGGACACCGAUCUUGAGGAAACCAUGGACGUAGACGCCACCGAAGCUUUCCACCUCGAGCCUGCGGUGACCUCAGCAAGCGGAGUCAACCAGUUCACUGAAAGCACCAUCAACUUACAGGAUCUGGAGUGACUUUAGUAUUAUUAUGAUACGUGAAUCUUCUAAAAUGGAUUGACCAAAAAUACAUGUACAUGUAUUCUAAAUGUUGCUAUUGUUAUGACCUAAUAUACUGAAGAAAAAAAAUCCAGUAAGGUUCUACUCCUGGAUACUACUACUUCUGGAAAAUUAGUAUUUUCACAUAGUCAUCAGUUGCAUUUAAGGAGUAAAAUCUACUUGAUGUUGUAAUAUAUAAAGUGAAGAAUAAAAGUUACAGACUAUCG